ACUCCGCUGAAAGCAAUUUGGGGUGCUGUCUGCGUUGCCAAGUCUUCGAGAAUAACACUGCUAAGAAACAUGACAACAAAAGUUGGUAUAGUUCAGAUGCAAUCAACAGCAGAUAAGGAACGGAAUUUCGACCAGGCGGUUAAGUAUAUUAACCAGGCCAUAGCAUCAGGAGUCAAGAUCGUUUUCCUCCCUGAAUGUUUUGAUUUUGUUGGUCGGUCACGUGAGGAGACACUUGAUCUUUCAGAAGUGUUAGACGGACCUUUGAUAACAAAAUACCGUGCCUUAGCUUCUCGAGAAAGCCUUUGGAUUAGUCUUGGUGGUGCUCAUAUUAGGAUCACAGAGAACGAUGAUCAGUUGUACAAUUCUCACAUAGUUAUUAAUUCAGAUGGUCAAAUAGUGGGCGUUUAUCAUAAAGUCCAUUUAUUCGAUGCCAAUUUAAGUACAAACGAAACUACACCCAAUGCAGAAUCAACAUGUACGCGAUCAUCGUUUUUUGAGUCGAAAGCGAUAUGUGCUGGUACCGAGGCUCCAAUCGUAAUCCAAAACACCCCUAUUGGAAAUUUGGGACUAGCUAUCUGUUAUGACAUGCGAUUUCCUGAACUAGCAUCUCAUCUUCGAUAUGCUAAGAAUGCUCAUGUUCUAAGUUAUCCAUCUGCUUAUACUACACGUACAGGAGAAGCUGGUCAUUGGCAUACGUUGAUUCGAGCCAGAGCUAUUGAGAAUCAGUGUUAUGUAGUUGCUGCAGCCCAGGAAGGUAAACAUAACGAAGGACGAUCUUCAUAUGGGCAUAGUUUGGUUGUGGAUCCUUGGGGUCAAAUUAUCACUGAACAGAUGAAUCCUGGUCCUGGUUUAUUAACAUGUGAAAUAGGUCCAUUUACCAUGGUUAAUUCAACAACAUCUAUUAUUCCUAAAAUUUAUCAUGUAAGAAGAUCAAUGCCUGUGGAAUAUCAUAGACGAUUCGAUUUAUUUCCAAUGUCUGACAGUGGGUAUCCUCGUUCUAUACAGUCUGUGGAUUUUAAAUUUGGUCCUCAUAUAAUCAAAUCGGAUUGUGUCUUUUAUCAAUCGAAGUUAAGCUUUGCGUUCGUAAAUAUUAGUCCAUUGGUACCAGGACGUAUCCUUUUUUGUAUCAUAUUUUAUUUACAUCUUAAAGGACUAGUAAAUGUUUGUCGAAAACAAAACAUAAAUUUAUUUAUUUAUUUAUUUUAACACAUAGAUACUGGUACAAGGAGGCACCAAAUAGAUUUGCACCACAUAAAUCGUUCGAUUUGUGUGAGGGCUGUAAUACUGCCCGGGUGCCGAAACUGAAGCGGGUGGUUUUUUCUUAGGGGGCCUCACCCGGAGCCUUUGAUCUAACGAUCUGGUCCACAAGGCAGUGGAGCAACGUAGGGAGAUGCAGUUUCAUGGUUGCCGUUGACCAACGAUUGGUUCGCACACAAUUUGUUCCCUCAAUAUACUGGAGCCCAUGUGCAUCAUUUGUUUGGAAUCAGGGUUUUUCAACUCUUCUGUGUAGACCCUCUAUACCCACUAAACCGGUUAAAGCUCCGGAUAUUCGCGUUUCGUUUUCUCAAUUUCGUAAAGAACAGUAAUGCCGCGAGAAGGCAUUGAGUGGGACUUCCCUGUCAGUGGUUGUAUGCACGUGGCCAUGUGAGAGCAUUUGGAGAGGGAGAGUUGACUCUCCCCACCCUCGACCGUACCAGGGCAUUUGGGGGGUCUAAAAGCUAAAAGAUACUUUCUUCGAAUAUGAUAUUCCAAUCCACUAAAAGGUAUUCUUUUUAGUGCCUUUUUCAAGAAGUUGCGUUCUGCUAUCGACUAGACAACUAUCAUUUAUCUAACGAUGUAAUUUGGCACACAGUGACAAUGUGAACGGACAAGAAGUUUAGUCUCGUCGAGAGCAGCUAUGAGUAAUGAAGGAGAGAUGGAAAAGAUAAGGUAGUGGCGAUAGGUAAAACCACAUAUUUUUUACGGUUCAUCGAGGAAACUGGUGUUAAAUAUUCAGCUAUCAGUGAGACUAUUUCGGAACAAAACUCAUGAAAAAAUCUAAAAUCCAGUAGUUAGUGAAUUUAUUGCGGAAAAGAUCGAACAAUGUUCUACCCAGCCCAAUGUAUUGGGACGAUGGAUGGUAAACUUUGAAGAACAGUUUAACUGCUUUCCAGCUACCUCCAGUUGUCUACUGUUACCAAGCAACCUGAAUGAGAUACCAACAUAUGCUCCUCGACUCUUAGUGAUGUUGAAAAAUCCACGACUAAUCUAAACUGAGGGAAUCCAGGUUUUGAUAAAUUAACCCCGUAGUUCUGUGAAGAUGGUGGUCCGGUUUUUUGGAAGUUUGAUUAUCUUGGAUAGCAGUUUGAGUUUAGGGACUGGAAGUAAUCUUGGUGAGACUAUAAUAUAUGGACAAUCUUUGAGGCACGCUAUAAUGACCUUGGAAUGUCCACCUACUUACUAGGGUUACAUGUUAGUGUAAGGAACUAGGAUUAAGGCUUACAACUGAACGUUAGUGUUAUGAAUUAUAUUUAACGUUUCAUCACGAACUGACCACAGCUGUAAUACCAAAAUGAUAUUUAGCCAAAUAAUUGAAUGGAUUUCGCACUAAAAUCCGAGAUCUGUCUUGAAUAUGAUUGGUUCCUCCAUAACUUAUAGUUUCGCUGUAAUCUUAUCUGACUGGACACAAUCGUUGAUCAUUCUAGUUUAUAGGAAAUAUCAGAAGACCUGUUGUGUUAACCACAGGAAAAUCAGUUUGACUAAUAUAUUAUCUAAAACAUUAGUCUCAGUGACCAUCCAAUACUUAACUGGAGCUCAUGAAGAACGAACCAGGAUGGUUUGAGACUUGAAUGGGAAUGUGUAGACUAAAUUUUUGCCCUUCGUCACGUUCUGGGACACAGAAAUAUCUACCAGCUGCCAACUAGUUAUAUUUCUUGACAUAGAUAGAGUUCAACUGUCUAGGUGAAACAUCAGCUGUAAAGGGUUUGACACAUGUGUUUGAGUUGAUCAACAUGUUCUAUAACAGUGUCUUUCUUUGAAAGGCAUCAGGACUGUCCGCUGCCACCGUUUAUACACAAUUUUAUCACAGACACGUUUUUAGAAACAGCGAUUUUAUCAUCCGACUUAUUAGGAAUCGAUCUAUUACGAAACUAACUUGUUAAAUUAGAAUACGUAAAUGACACAGUCCUGUUUAUUGAAGACGCUGUCAAAGGACAAAAUCUUCUGAUCGUGUUGAGUAUCAAUGCAAGCUUUCUGGGGAUUCAUUUCUCUUCUUUCAAACACAACCUGGUCUGCUUCAACCUAUAGAUCGAUUAUAGUGAAUGAAGAAUUUGUGUGCGUCGGCCACUUCACUCAUCUUGUAAGCUUUAUCAGAAAGCUUGGUUGGCUUUCUCCAACCGUGUCACAUGUAGCAUCGGCAUAAUAUUCGUCUACAUACUAAUAGUCGGGGAUGCUUCACAAGUUGUCCCUGUUUCACUUUAUGGCUGUAAAAUGUUGCCACCUAAAGUAGAGGAGACUCUUAAAUUAGCAGUAUUUAAUGACCAAAUUAACUCCUCCUGUAACUUUUCUAGGGUUAUUGCAGUUCCCAAGUCCGGGGAAAUGAGGAUAGUUGGGCAUGUAGUCAGCAAGCAUGCGAAAAAACACUCACCAAGAGAAGAAGAUUUAAACCAUUUAUACCCUUCUAACAACAAUAGCAAUAAUUAAUAUAGGUACAUGGAAUGUCCGUACAAUGUAUGAGAUCGAUCAAUCAAACAGCUACGAAAAUGAGGUAAAUUAACUUUGUGGUUCUCGAAAUAAGUGAAACUGAUUGUACGAAAGUUGGACAGGAAAGAUUAGUUUCGUGGUAGAUUCUUUUGUACACUGGUUGUGAAGAAUGAAAUACUUCGUACAUACGGAAGUACACUGAUGCUGUCCAAAGAAGCACGAAUAUUACUUAUGUGAUAAGAAUCUCGUGGAUCCAGGGUUAUCAAAACAAAAAAGGAAAAGAUCACAAUGAAUGUUAUCCAGUUCCAUACACCUACCAAUUAUAAUUGGCAAUAAUUCGAAAACUGGUUCCAACUUUUUAGUAUUUGUUGUUAUAACAUCGAGUGUAAAAAAGUUUACAUAAUUAGUUAAUUUGUCAAAGCACUUUAUAUGUUACUUUGGCUAUGAACUAGAAAAGCGGAGACCCACGUUCGUUCAAAUGGAUAUGGUUUACUCGUCUUCUCAUAUCCCUAAAUGGAGGCAAAUAGACUUUUGACGGUCUUCAGAUUGCUUUUGGUAAUGGUUAAGGUGCUCUUUACGAACUGGCUUCAACUAUAGAGAUGUUUUGUAACUAUGUGGGUGGAUGGAUUUGUCGCAAGAAUCCAAUAUAUUGUAUCCUGAGUCUCAUCUAUUCGUCCUUAAAUUAUAAUACCACUGGAUUAAGGUUUAUUUCAAGACUAGAAAUUAUUGUUCUUUCCCCUGUAAUGUGCAAUCUACAUAAGAAAAAUUGAGUGCUUGAUACAUUUAGCACCAGUUUUACUCCACAAUGACAGGAAGUUUUUUGUUUCAAGCGUUUUGAACACUAUAUAAAGAUUAUUAUCACUCAUUUUAGGCCAGUUUUGUAUUUUGCGCAAAAACCUAGCUCCUUUUCUCGAUUCUGAUGGUAUCAUUCUCAUAUUUUACUUUUACUAGAGUAAUUGUUACUAAACACAUAUCACAAAUCAGAUUAUGCUUAUUUUCUUUUGACGAAUAAGUUUCAAUAUAGACAUACUUGUUUGUCCGAUUGCUAGUGUGCAAAGAUUUUGUCAUCUAAAUUUGGCACAAGUUGCUGAUCUUUAUAUGACUGUCAGACAGAUUGCUGAACGACUAGCUGGAUAUUUUUCAGCUACAAGCUUAACCAUAUCUAUGCAAGAUGGAGAAGAUGCUGGUCAAAGUGUGUCACACGUUCACGUCCAUGUAUUGCCAAGAAAACCAAAUGAUUUCCCAGAGAACGAUGAUAUUUAUAAAGCAUUACAAAGUCAUGAUAAAGUGAGGGAUCGCGUCUAUCGAUCACACGAUGUAAUGAGUGCAGAAGCCAAACAACUUCGGCAGUUAUACUACCAAAACACUUCAUAACGUUCAUCAAACCGUUAAUAUUUUUCUUCCUUCUAUCCUACUAUGUACCUCGUUCAUUCCUUUGUUCUGUUUUAAUUUUCACUUUCAUGUUAAUUAUGCAUUAGUUAUUUGCUAUUGAUGUUAUGUACUGUUUGUUGUCUAUAUUACCUUUCCAACUACCCUUUCGUAUUUACUAUUUUCGAUGCUGAAUAAUUAGAUGCGGUAACACGAAAGCGUAAUUUGUUUAGAAGCGAGAUUGUUAUUGUAGUUUUAGUUAUUUCUCUUUAUUACGGACAUAAAAAUAUUUUUGUUUGUUGCUGAUAUUUGAUUUAGCAUUCAGUUUCUUUCAGACUGAGCUAAUAAUCAUUUAUAUUAUUUUAAGAAAAUGUAUUUGUCUUACUAUAAAUACAAGCCUUUCUGUCUC